AUGGAAAUGGCAGUAGCGUGCAAAGGGAGCAGUUAUUGUUGCACUUUUCUUUUUCAUUUAUUCUUUAUUGUCUCUUGUCUUCUCUCUCUCUCUCUCUCUCUCUUUCUCUUGUCUUCUCUCUCUUUCUCUUGUCUUCUCUCUCUUUCUUUCUCUUUCUCUUGUCUUCUCUCUCUCUCUUUCUCUUGUCUUCUCUCUCUUUCUUUCUCUUGUCUUCUCUCUUUUCUUUCUCUUGUCUUCUCUCUCUCUCUUUCUCUUGUCUCUCUCUCUUGUUUCUUUUUUUCUCUUGUCUUCUCUCUCUUUCUUUCUCUUUCUCUUGUCUUCUCUCUCUCUUUCUCUUGUCUUCUCUCUCUUUCUCUUUCUCUUGUCUUCUCUCUCUCUCUCUUUCUCUUGUCUUCUCUCUCUCUUUCUCUUGUCUUCUCUCUCUCUCUUUCUCUUCUCUCUCUCUCUCUCUUUCUUGUCUUUCUCUCUUUCUUUCUUUCUCUUGUCUUCUCUCUCUCUUUCUCUUGUCUUCUCUCUCUCUCUUUCUUGUCUUCUCUCUCUCUUUCUCUUGUCUUCUCUCUCUCUCUUUCUCUUGUCUUCUCUCUCUUUCUCUCUUUCUCUCUCUCUUUCUCUUGUCUUCUCUCUCUCUCUUUCUCUUGUCUUCUCUCUCUCUCUUUCUCUUGUCUUCUCUCUCUUUCUUUCUCUUGUCUCUCUCUCUCUUUCUCUUGUCUUCUUUCUUUCUCUUUCUCUUGUCUUCUCUCUCUCUUUCUUUCUUCUCUCUCUCUUUCUCUUGUCUUCUCUCUCUUUCUUUCUCUUGUCUUCUCUCUCUUUCUUUCUCUUGUCUUCUCUCUCUUUCUUUCUCUUGUCUUCUCUCUCUCUCUCUUUCUCUUGUCUUCUCUCUCUUUCUUUCUCUUGUCUUCUCUCUCUCUUGUCUUCUCUCUCUUUCUUUCUCUUUCUCUUGUCUUCUCUCUCUCUUUCUCUUGUCUUCUCUCUCUCUUUCUCUUGUCUUCUCUCUCUCUCUCUUUCUCUUGUCUUCUCUCUCUCUCUUUCUCUUGUCUUCUCUCUCUUUCUUUCUCUUGUCUUCUCUCUCUCUCUUUCUCUUGUCUUCUCUCUCUUUCUUUCUCUUGUCUUCUUUCUCUUUCUCUUGUCUUCUUUCUCUUUCUCUUGUCUUCUCUCUCUCUCUUUCUCUUGUCUUCUCUCUCUUUCUUUCUCUUGUCUUCUCGAUUUCUCCCUCUUGUCUUCUCCCUCUCUCUCUCUGUCUUCUCCCUCUCUCUCUUUUGUCUUCUCCCUCUCUCUUUCUUUUGUCUUCUCCCACUCUCUCUUUUGUCUUCUCUCUUUCUCUUUUUCUUCUUCUCUCUCUUCUUCUCUCUUGUCUUCUCUCUCUCCCUCUCUCGCUUGUCUUCACUCUAUCUAUCUCUCUUGUCUUCUCUCUAUCUAUCUAUCUAUCUAUCUAUCUAUCUAUCUAUCUAUCUAUCUAUCUAUCUUGUCUUCUCUCUCUCUCUCUCUCUCUUGUCUUCUCUCUAUCCCCCUCUCUCUCUCUCUCUCUUGUCUUCUCUCUAUCCCCCCUCUCUCUCUCUCUCUCUCUCUCUCUCUUGUCUUCCUUUCUUUUUUCUUUCUCCUUCGUCUGCUUUCUCACUUCCUUUCUCCCUCUUUCAUAUCCUGCUAUCAAAUGUUGUUCCUGUUGGUGUUUCUGUCUUUCUUGUUAUUUCUGUUCCAACCAUUGUUGUUGUUCCUGUUGGUGUUUCUGUCUUUCUUGAUAUUUCUGUUCCAACAAUUGUUGUUGUUGUUGUUGUCUUUCCUGAUAUUUCUGUUGGUGUUUGUUGUUCCUUAGUUGUUGUUCCUGUUGGUGUUUCUGUCUUUCUUGAUAUUUCUGUUCCAACAGUUGUUGUUGUUCCUGUUGGUGUUUCUGUCUUUCUUGAUAUUUCUGUUCAAACCGUUGUUGUUGUUCCUGUUGGUGUUUCUGUCUUUCUUGAUAGUUCUGUUCCAACCGUUGUUGUUGUUGUUCCUGUUGGUGUUUCUGUCUUUCUUGAUAUUUCUGUUCCAACAGUAGUUGUUGUUCCUGUUGGUGUUUCUGUCUUUCUUGAUAUUUCUGUUCAAACCGUUGUUGUUGUUCCUGUUGGUGUUUCUGUCUUUCUUGUUAUUUCUGUUCCAACCGUUGUUGUUGUUGUUCCUGUUGGUGUUUCUGUCUUUCUUGAUAUUUCUGUUCCAACAGUUGUUGUUGUUCCUGUUGGUGUUUCUGUCUUUCCUGAUAUUUCUGUUCAAACCGUUUUGUUGUUGUUCAAUUGUUGUUGUUCCUUUGUUGUUGUUCCUGUUGGUGUUUCUGUCUUUUUGAUAUUUCUGUUCCAACGUUGUUGUUGUUCCUGUUUGUUUUGUCUUUCUUUGUUCCAACAAUUGUUCCUGUUGGUGUUUCUGUCUUUCUUGAUAUUUCUGUUCCAACAAUUGUUGUUGUUCCUGUUGGUGUUUUCUGUCUUUCUUGAUAUUUCUGUUCCAACCGUUGUUGUUGUUCCUGUUGGUGUUUCUGUCUUUCUUGAUAUUUCUGUUCCAACCGUUGUUGUUGUUCCUGUUGGUGUUUCUGUCUUUCUUGAUAUUUCUGUUCCAACCGUUGUUGUUGUUCCUGUUGGUGUUUCUGUCUUUCUUGAUAUUUCUGUUCCAACAGUUGUUGUUGUUCCUGUUGGUGUUUCUGUCUUUCUUGAUAUUUCUGUUCCAACAAUUGUUGUUGUUCCUGUUGGUGUUUCUGUCUUUCUUGAUAUUUCUGUUCCAACAAUUGUUGUUGUUCCUGUUGGUGUUUCUGUCUUUCUUGAUAUUUCUCUUCCAACCGUUGUUGUUGUUCCUGUUGGUGUUUCUGUCUUUCUUGAUAUUUCUCUUCCAAACGUUGUUGUUGUUCCUGUUGGUGUUUCUGUCUUUCUUGAUAUUUCUGUUCCAACCGUUGUUGUUGUUCCUGUUGGUGUUUCUGUCUUUCUUGAUAUUUCUGUUCCAACCGUUGUUGUUGUUCCUGUUGGUGUUUCAACAACUCUAGCAUUUCACUUUUAA